UCUAAGCUUAACCAUGGAAAUAAUGAAGUUAUAUUACUUGAUGACUCUCUUUGUUUCAAUAAUUUCUCCUUUUGUGGUGUUAGCCAUUAAUCCUAUUACUUCAAAACCAACAACCUCUUCAUCUAAAUCAUCAAUAAUAAACCCUAAUAAUCUGCCUGCGGAAGCUCUUUUGUCUGUGUCUCAUUAUAGGAAGACAUGUCCUGAUGCUGAGGCCAUCAUUCAUAGAAGAAUGAGAGCUUGGAUCAACAAGGACCCCACAUUGGCUCCUGCCAUCAUUCGCCUCCAUUUUCAUGACUGCGCUGUUAGGGGCUGUGAUGCAUCAGUUCUACUAAACCAUAAGGGAAGUGAGAGGGCAGCUCUAUCUAGCAAAACCCUAAGAGGUUUUCGGGAGAUAAACGAUAUCAAGAGCGUACUUGAGAAAAAGUGCCCGAAAACAGUCUCUUGUGCAGACAUUCUAGCCGCUGCAGCAAGAGACGCGACCAUCUUUGCGGGAGGGCCAUUCUGGGAAGUCCCAUUCGGCCGCAAAGAUGGUCGAGUUUCCUUAGCCAAGGAAGCUGAAUUAGUUCCUCAGGGCCGCGAAAACACCAAAGGACUAAUCAAAUUCUUCGAGGCCCGCGGCCUCAACAUGCUAGACUUAGUUGUACUCUCUGGUGCUCACACCAUAGGAAGAAGUGCUUGUCAUGCUUUCCAACAUAGGUUAGGCAAAACGCCUGAUCCAUCACUUAACGUGACCUUAUUGAAUGUGGUUAGGAAAAAAUGCAAAACGGGUUAUAGCUUGGUUGAUCUUGAUGCAACUACUCCUAAGAAAUUUGAUACAAUGUAUUACAGUAAUCUGAUGAACAAGAAAGGGUUGUUGUCCACUGAUCAACAGCUUUAUUCAGACCAAAUUACCUCUCCUUUUGUCUCAGCUUUGGCUACACAGCCUAAUCUCUUUGAGAGCCAGUUUGCAGUUUCCAUGAUCAAACUUGGGAAUGUUCAAGUCAAGACCAGGCCUCGUGAUAAGGGUGAAAUUCGAGUGAAUUGCAAUUUUGUCAAUGCUUGA